AUGGUUCGCCGAAGUACGGUUGUUCAGUUCGACAUCAAUACUCAGAAACGAAUACAUCGAUCGUUUUACAACGCUGAACCUCAAAAGGCAAGUUUUAAAGCACUUUUACUAAAUUAUUCGCAGGAAGCAAUAAAUUAUCUAGCCGACAGUGCUUUCAAUUGGAUUAGGCAGUCGCGGCGAGAGUAUCACUCUUACUGUUAG